AUGACUGCCGCUGCCGCCGCCGCUGAUCUGAUGGGAGAGGAAGAUGGUUACGCUGCGGCUGCUUCCCCCCUGUAUCAGACGGCUACCUUUGUCAACCUCAACCAUGCAGAUGCUCUCUAUGACUACACCCGCUCUGGCAACCCGACUCGGCACCUGGUGGAGCAAGCCGUUGCACAGCUGGAGGGCGCAGACCGCGCCUUUGCCUUCACUUCUGGCAUGGCUGCCCUCACGGCCGUCCUCCGUACCGUAAGCCAACCGGGCAGCCACGUCAUUGCCAGCGCAGACCUCUAUGGAGGCACCCACCGGCUCCUUCGACACGCCGCUCGACAUGCUGGACUGACCGUGGACUUUGUCGACCUGACUCAGAUCGAUGCCGUGGCCAGUGCUUUUCGCCCCGACACCACAGCCGUCUUUGCCGAGUCCCCGACAAACCCGCUCAUGCAAGUCGUUGACCUGCAAGCCCUGGCUGACCUGUGCCGGGCUCGCAACGUGCGCCUCUGCGUUGACAAUUCCUUGCUGAGCCCCGUCCUGAUGCAGCCGCACAACUUGGGUGCAGACCUGGUCGUCAAUUCAGCCACCAAGUUUCUCAAUGGCCACUCCGACACCAUGGCGGGUUUUGUGUCCGCGCGAGACCCAGCCCUCUGUGAGCGCCUUGCAUUCGUCCAGAACGCUGAGGGAGCGGGCCUGGCACCCUUUGAUGCCUGGCUCGUCCAGCGAGGUCUCAAGACGCUCUUCCAGCGCCAGCAGCUGGCCCAAGCCAAUGCCACGGUUUUGGCCCGUUUCCUUCGUGGCCACCCUCUUGUCGAGCAGGUUCAUUACUUGGACCGUGCUGACGUGCACCACUCCCCGCAAGCGCAGACUCAUUUUAACCAAGCCAGCGGUGGUGGUGCCGUGCUAAGCUUUCUGCCUCGUGGGCCUGACGCGACAGCCAUUGCCCGGCGACUCCUUGACGCCGUCCGCCUCUUCAAGAUCUCAGUCAGCUUUGGAUCUGUCCACUCACAACUGGAGAUGCCAGCCCUCCAUUCACAUGCCUCCAUCCCCGAGGAGGAACGGCACCUCCCCGCCGCCCUCUUGCGCGUCAGCGUGGGAACCGAAGACGUG